CCGUCCUUUUGCUACUCAGGCCAUCCGCACUCGGGCGAGCGGGCCGAUGACUCACCCGGCCCAGGCCGGGGCAGAGCCGGAGGCAUGCAGCAAGCCGCCUGGCCUGGGCGUGCUCCCCCCGUUGGCCGCAGCCGAGAGGCACGACAGCCGCCGGCCCGAUCGGAGCGAGCCAUGUAUCCGCCUGUCGCUCGACAGCGCCGCGCCGACGACUCUGCCGGAGUCCCCCGCCAGCAGCCCGUCGGCUCGGGCGCUCCGCGGUUCCCAGGAGGCUCGCCGGCCACGUCGCCGAGGCGCCUGCCCCGGGCCAGCAGCCUGCCGCAGCUCCGCGGGGCGCUGGCGGCGCAUCGCCGCUCGGGCCGCGGGCGGGCCGUCGGGCAGCCCCCUCGGCGCAAGACCAGCAGCAUGCCGGGCCUCGGCGGCGGUGCUGCGGGCAGAGGCCGCAUGGCUUUCGAGAUCCUGCACCUCAGGAGCAGGAUGGCCUGCAUCUACGCGCCGGCCGACUCGUGGCAGCUGCGCCGCGCCGGCUCCACGGCCCUGCUCGUCAGCCCCAGAGAUUCCGAGGAGGGCCGGGGCACGCCUUCCGACGGGCUGCCUCGCACGCGCGGGACUCAGAGCGUGAUUCUGGGCGCGGAGGGGGGGGGCCAGGCGCCCGGGUCCCAGCGGAGGCGCGUUGAGUUCUCACCGUCCUUCCUGAACAGUGCCCGUGCAGCGACGCCAUACUCCAGCCAGUAUGGUGUCCACCCGAGCUUCUUCAACUUCGACAGGGACGGCGCGAUGCGGCUCACCGACUCGGGCAUCGCGGAAAACAUGCGGCGCAAGGAGCAGGGCUUGGAUCCGUUGAUGUUGGACGGUGCAGAGGCGUUUUGA